CUGAAAUGAGACAGUAUGUCGGGUCUUUGCCACCGGCUGUGCUGUUCUCACAAAUGUUUAUGUUCGCACGCGGAGUUGGUGACCAAGUUUAUCAAGCUUGUGAGAUGUCAGGCGCGGAGUUGGUGACCAAGUUUAUCAAGCUUGUGAGAUGUCAGGCACGCAGCAACGGCAGUCACAUUCGCUAUGGACUUCUUGCAGCAAUGUGAUCUGACAUACAUUUGCUUGCUUUAUAUACUUGCUUCUCUUCUGUGGCCUCUGCUCUGUUCAUGUCGAGUAGAUUUUGACGCAGCUCCUUUCUCCUCAUGCUUGGUCAUUCCUUCUAGGAUUGUUUCUCAAAGCAUACCCCAGAUUCUUCGAGACAGAAAAGGAGACAUUUGCAACUCUCUCAUUGUAAAAAGAUCGGAGGAAUGCUGUUUGACUGCUCGGAGUUUUCAAACUACUUUACGUGCUGGUACAGGGAGAUUUCUUUUCUAUCUUUCGUUCAGAAUGCAGAGGGACUGGAUUUAUCGAUACAGGGGCCCUGCGAACACAUACCCGGGAGGAUAGCGUAGCAUAGCAUAUCAUCCUGAAAAAUCGAUGAUUCCAAUGCAUAGCGUUCACAGAGAUUCCAAAACAAGAAUCAAAACCAGUGGGAGCCGAUGCAAAUUUUAGUAUCCACAUGGAAACAUGGUUGGAACGUGGACCAUGUAAGAUAUUUAGUCCAGCAGACCUGUUGGUUCUAGUUUUUCACUUGUACGCCUGAUGUCCCAGUACCAUUUCCAGCAGCGGUACAGGUAAAAGUGGACCAAUUGGUCUUCUGGACGAAUGCAUCCAAUGGAUUCCCGCUGAUGCAAAUGGGACGCAAGAACACUGCCGCGUAGCUUUGAAAUAUUAGGCAUACUUGUAGUACUGUACUUGUCCUCAUUCACGAGUCAUCGGAGGUCAAGAGCAUCUUCUGCGACGGAAUUCCUCCACGAGUGCCACCAUCUCAGCGCGCAGGACUUGAAUAAUCGGAUCCGAGGGUGUCACCCACCCAGAACUCAAACAUCCAAAUGCUCGAAGAGGUUGUUCCCUCUUGACAAAGCAUUUCGUUCUGGUCCAACUAUGCGUGCUAUGCGUAUGGGGUAUGGAUCAGGCCUUCUGAAACCAACCAAAUCUGGACCACAGCACUCGAGGCAUGAAUUUACGAACCAUUGACGACAUCGAGCAGUAGCGCGUGUCUAAAAUUAUACCUCUCGUCUGUUUGG